AUGAGCGAGGACGAGUCCCCGUACAUUGUCGACAUCAAGAUCGCCAAGAAGCAACGCCCGCCCAUCACACUGCCCGAGCCGCCGCCGGAGCUGACCAAGGAGCAGCUCAAGCGGCGCUACAUCAUCGGCUCCAUCGUCGACUCUGAGAACUCCUACAUCGGCUCCCUCCAGCGGAUCAUCAACUGCUACAAGAAGCCGCUGGAGGAGAGCCACUCGCCGACGGUGCUGAGCGCCAACAAGAUCAACGUCAUCUUCCACCGGCUGGAGCAGAUUCUCCAGUGCCACACCAUCUUCGGCAUCGCCCUCAGCCAGUGCGUGCGCGAGUGGGACGAGAAGGAGCAGAUUGGCGACGUCUUCAUCGCCUCCUUCAGCAAAUCGAUGGUGCUCGACAUCUACUCGGACUUUAUCAACAACUUCACCAACGCCAUGGAGACGGCGAGGAAGGCGGCCAAGUCGAAGUCCGCCUUUGCCACCUUCCUCCAGGAGCGCUCCCUCUCCAGCCCCGACCGCCUCAGCUUCUUCGGGCUGAUGGUGAAACCGGUGCAGCGCUUUCCCCAGUUUAUCCUCCUCCUCAGCGACCUGCUGAAGCACACGCCCGCCGACCACCACGACCGCAUGUCGCUGCAGCUGGCCCUCACACAGCUCGAGUCGCUAGCGGACCGCCUCAACGAGCGGAAGAGGGACGCCGAGCGGCACUUUGCCGUGAAGCAGCUGCUGAAGGACUACCUGAGCAGCUCGACGACGAGCAGCUCGCACCGGUACCUCCUCCGCCAGGACGACAUUCUCCAGCUGGACCUGGACACGGGCAGCGGCCUGGUGAUGAAGACCAAAUGUCGGAAGCUGUACCUGCUCAAUGACAUGCUCGUCUGCGUCAGCGUGCCCGCCAAUCGGCUGAAGUUUGCGGUGUCGCUGGGGGACGUCGAUGUGAUGGACGACGUGACGCCCGCCACCAACAAUCUCAUUGCCAACUCGCAGCUCAAGAGUAAGGACUCUUCAGUCAGUACAGCAGGCGGUGGUGGAGGGGGAAACAACAGCUCGGCGCUGUCCAGUCCGAAGCACUGCACCGUCGAGCGGAUGUUCCUCGAUCUGAACAGCCUCAUCCACGACCUGGAGGUGGUGAAGCGAGUGGCGAACCUCCUUGGCUCGCUGCGCUACCAGUACAGCGGCCUCAGCAUGGAGCUGGCGGAGGCGAUUGGCGCCGAGAUUCUCGAGGAGAUUCGCCGCAAGGACGCCCAGAUUAGCCUGAUCGAUCGCAGCUGUCUGCAGGUGCGCAUUCGCUCCAAGAACUACAAGGACAUCAUCGUCAUUCAGCUGGUCGACCCCGAGGUGAAGCGCGACUGGCUGACCGACGUCCGCCUCGCCAAGCUGGCCCUCGACCGGGCGAACAACCCCGCCUGGGACAUUGUCAACGAGGGCCUGGUGCACCACAAUGGCAGUGGUGGCGGGGGUGGAUCGCUGUCCACCUCCAGGUCGAACCUGUCGACGACGACGACGGCCGUGGCCAAUCACCACCACUCGAUCAUCAUGCACCGCGUGCCCCUCUUCGUCAAGUCGCUGCCCAUCUUUGCCACCACCGAGCACAGUCAGCUGACCUGUGCCCUGCACUACCGACUGAACCGAAGGGACGACCUUCUCUUCGGGUCUUCAGGUGAUUCCAGCGGUCUGGCCACCGGCGUUCUCUGGAUCUGCAACGUCAACGAAAACGGCUCUCAGCUGGGCGCCCUCUCCACCUCGGCCAGCGGCGCGGACAUCAGCCUGAUCCACUCCUAUGAACUGUGUGACUCGCACGUGACCUGCAUCGAGUCGGUGGGCACCUAUGCGGUGUGGAUCGGCCUCCGCCAGGGCCGCAUCAUCGUCAUCGACGCCAGCUCUCCGGGCGAGUGGCAGCAGUUUGCCUCGCUGGAGGUCUCCGCCGAGGUCACUUGCAUCCGCUACUGGGGCAGCCACGUCUAUGUGGGCCUAGUGAGCGGCGAGGUGACGCUCUUCAAUGCGACGCACUACGAGGAGCCGAUUGUGGUGGCGCUCGCCCCCGGCGCCCCCGUCACCUGUCUGCUGCCCGUCAACGGGGAGAUGUUUGCCUGCUGCGGCGAAAAGAUCUGGAUCAUCAACGGCGCGGUGGCCGCACUCGAUCGCAGCUACUCGCUCAGUGGCAGCUGUGUGAAGGUGGCGGCGGCUGCGGCCGGGUCGCCGACGACUGCUUCAAAUACCGCUGGUGCAGCUCCGUCCUCCUCAAGCAAUAGCAAUGGCAAUACGGGUGGUGGAGGGGAAGGAGAAGGAGUUUUGGCGACAUCUCCUCAACCGACGACGUCCUCGACCGGAGCUCCGGGCAUGAAGCCGUCAGCUUCCUUUGAGCUUCCGGAGAUUGAGAGUGGCGUCUACCCGCCCCAGCGGCCGAACCUGCUCGCCCACUGCGGCAUUGGCCUGUGGGUCAGCCUGCAGCACUCCUCCAUCAUCAAGCUCUACCACACGGAGACGUUCAAGCACCUGCAGGACGUGAACGUCGCCUCCAAUGUGAAGCGCAUCCUCGGCGAGAACUACCCCAUGGACUACUCGGCGGCGAAUGGCGGCGGCGGCGGCGUCGGGGGAGGCAUCUUCGUGACGGCGAUGCUCGCCACCCGGGGCCUCCUCUGGAUCGGCACCAACGUGGGCGUCAUUGUGACGCUCAAUCUGCCGCGGCUGCAGGGCGUGCCGCUCAUCUCCGGCUGUCUGAAUGUGGCGCUGCACCGGCACACCGGCCCGGUGUCCAUUCUCCUCAGUCUGAGCAGUCAUACGAAUCCGAACUCCUCAGAGAUGGCUCCGGGCGGUGGCCAUCACCUGAACCACCAGGGAAGUGCCCUCAACAACAACAGCAGCCUUCAGAGCUCAGCGCUGGGAGCGGGAGUGGCCGGAACUUCGGGCGGUGGAGGUGCUGCCGGUGGUGGUGCCUCGUCCUCUAUGGACGGCUCUGGAAAGCCUGGCUCGGCCGCGGGCGAGCUGCUGCUGGAGACCUCCAGCGCCGCCGCCCUCACCGCCGCCUCGCAGGUGGUGAGCGAGCUGAAGAGCGAGGACGUGGAGUCCAUCUACGGCCUCUACUCGGACCUGAUGAACGUGGAGAACUACGUGAGGGGAGGCGGACAGGUGGAGGCGGGAGGAGGAGGAGGAGGAGGAGGCGGCAAUAGUGGGCGAACCUCCUCCUCUCAUCAUCACAACAACAAUCACCACCUGCAAAGUCAGUACGGCGUUCAGCAGGGAAUGAGCACGACAGGUCGAAUGACCUGGGAGCUGGCCAAUCUGAACCUCUCUGACGGGGACUCCACCUCAGAGUCGGCCAUCUACGGGGACGGCUCGGCAGCGGCGGCGGCGCACAUUCGCCGAAAGCAGCAGCAACAACAGCAGCAGCAGCUGAUGCGGAAAAUGCCCGAUCAAGCUGCUGCAAGUCAGCAGCUCAGUCCGGCGAAGAGUCAGAGCAGCAUCUACGACUCGACGGCUGCCAGCUCCAUUGCCGGCGAGAAGAUAAUUCCCGGUGGUGGCGGACAGCAGGAGAAGGAGAACAUCAGCAGCUCGUCGGGCUUNAUCACAACAACAAUCACCACCUGCAAAGUCAGUACGGCGUUCAGCAGGGAAUGA